AUGCCCUCAGCAACACCGAGGCCUACCCUCCUCACCAUCAGACCUCUUCCUUCGGAACCACAACCACCCAUAAAUCGAAAACACGCACCUUGCACUUCAUAUCCGGAUAGCUCCCCAAUUGACGAUUUCUCGUCAUAUAAUACUCCUACCACUUACUCGGAUCGUCCAUCCAAACGAUCCAUGGCCACUCCAUCGAAGACUAUCGCUGUCGUCAAUUCCUCCGGACGGCAGGCUGCAUCAUUUAUCCGCGUUGCUAGUGCAGUGGGCUAUAAUGUACGAGCUCAAUUACGAAACCUUGAUGGGAUAGUAGCUUCCGAAAUUUCCUCACUUCCAAAUGUCACUGUCCUAGUAGGCGACCUCUUUAUCAAACGUUCUUCCUCUUCAUCUCCAACUUUAGAUCCCGAGACAACCAAAUUGAAUGACGCACUCAUCCAGGAUCUUUUCAAUGGAGCGCAAUUAGCAUUCAUCAACACUACAUUUUGGGGCGAUGAAUAUGCUAUUGGCUGUGCCUUGGCCGAUGCAGCUGCUGCAGUUGGUAUAGAGCAUUAUAUCUAUUCAUCCAUGCCUAAUCACUCUGUCGUCUCUUCCUCAUGGCCGUCACUCCCUCUUUGGUCCGAAAAAUACGCAGUCGAAACCUAUAUCCGAACCAAACUUCCCUCUCUACGAUCAACUUUCCUCUACACUGGAAUUUACAACAACAACUUCACAUCAUUGCCAUACCCAUUGUUCUGCAUGGCUCUGCAACCCGAUGGCUCGUUUGAGUGGCAAGCUCCUUUCCACCCAGAUGUUCCUUUACCAUGGCUGGAUGCUGAACAUGAUGUUGGACCUGCAGUUUUGCAAAUCUUCAAGGAUGGCCCUCCUGCCUCUUCCUCGAAUCCUCGACGCAUACCUCUCGCCUACGAGUUCUUAUCUCCCAAACAAGCUUGCGCCGCCUUUGCCCGCGGAGUCGGUCGUUCAGUAAGGUACAGACAUAAUCCUAAUAUCGAAGUGCGAGUCAAGAUCCCAAGAGGAUAUAAAGAUCAAUUGGUUGCAUUGGAACAAAUGUAUUCAUUAGGCGCAGCAGAUCCACGACGACAACCUCCCUACUUUGCCGAACAGGAAUUAGAGAGGAAUGUACCAGAGGAGGCAAUGAAGCUAUGGGAGGGAUACCGAGGCUUGGAGGAAUAUGCCCGAGAAGUCUUUCCACUGGAAGAGGCUGCAAAUGGAUUAACGUGGAUGGUGGAGGACAAUGAUGAGGAUAGGGCUUAUACCCACAGUGAAAUGGCGAAUGGUGGAGUAGACGACGAUGCCAACUACGAAGAAGAAGAUGACGAUGAUGAUGGCUUGACCAUCGGUGGUGGUCUUGGUACUCCCGGCGAAGCCACACCCGCGAGAAAAGAAGAGACAUGGCUAGCAUGA